AUGCCAUCAGUCUUACCUAACUUCCUACAAGGUUCACCACCUCGUUCACCACAUGUAGAAAGGAAUAAUGCGUUCGCAUCAUAUUUCAAUACAAACUCAAAUACGAAUUCACCUGUAUCAUCUACUUACCCUCAUCAUACACGUCAAUCACCUUCAAUAUCAGGUAGAAAUUCAAUAACUGGUAUAAGACCAACGAGGAGAGAUAUAUUAUUAUGUUUAUUAACACUAUCUUUUUCUUAUUUGCUUUUUUCCUCUCCAAGUACAUCGGAAUCAAUACCAAUAAAACCUCAUUCCCAACUUCAAAAAUCAUCAUCCUCGUACUCCUCAAAAUCAUCUUUAUCGUCAAAAUAUAAAUUUCCUGAUUGGUUAUUCCCUGCUUCCUCCUCCUCUUCGUCCUCUUCUUCUGCUUCUCACUCUUCUUCCUCGGGUCAUUAUGGUUCAGGGAUAGGAGAAGUAACUUUUGGAGAAUCAGUUAAACCUUGUGGAUUCGGAAAUGAUGCUGAAGAUACAACAGAGUUCAUACCCGCGUUGAAAGAUGGUAAACCUUGGGAUGAAGGUGAAGAAGAAUUAGAAGAUGACGAAUUAGAAAGUUCAGUCACGAUACUGAAAGCCCAUUCUCCAGGCUGGACAGUGAUGGAGAAAUUGUAUAUUUACAAUGGUAGUUUCUACGCGGUUGUCGACGACGGUUCCGCUUGGCCCGAACUUAGAAUGAUGACUUCCACCGGACUUCCAGCGAAUAGUGAACCAGGAAAUUCGGAAGCCAGAGAACCCAAAGGCGACGAAAUCAUAUUCAUUUCUCCGUUUGAAGCUAUGAAACUUUGGGGUCCCAGAGUAUGGAAAAUGGAUGGAAUGUCUUUCUUAUUCAAUGAUGGGCAAUUUAUCGAUCACUACUAUCACUUCGCAGCAGAAUUACUGUUGGGCGCUUGGAGAGCUUAUUCGUCUUACGAUGAACACGGCACUGCGAAAGGAGAGACAGCAUUACCGCCUCCUCAAAGGAUCUGGUUCUUACAUCAAAAUAUCAAAGAGUGGAGAGAUAAACCAAAAUUCAAUCCAACAAUCUUGUAUGCUCUUUUCCCUUCGGUAUCAAUACUUUAUCCAGAAGACUGGGCGGAUUUCAAGAAUCAGACUAUAUCCUCAAAACCUAAAGCUUUCAUGCUUGAGAGAGCUUUAUUAGCUGAUAGAUCCGCUGCAUUCAGAGGAGAAUGGACUGGACCCACAGCUAGAACUGUAGCUUCAGCUUUACACGUAGGAUCAACCACCAGGUGGUGGUGGGAACCCAUACGUAGACAAGUACUUCGAUAUUCAGGUUUAUCAGAACUUGUCAUCAAUAGAAAUUUGGAAGGUCAUGGUGCCAUCGAUCCUGUGAAUUUGGUUGGUCCAGGUGUGGAUGUUGUUGAACCUUUAGCACCGCAAGGUACAUAUCAACCUGUUAUAACGUAUAUCUCCAGACAAUCUUCAAGAAGAAGAUUAACGAAAGAAUCACAUGAAGAUUUGGUCAAAGCUUUAGAAGAAAGGGCAAAAAAGUUGGGUUGGGAAUUGAUCAUUGUUGAAGCUGAAAAGAUGAGUAAAGAGGAUCAAUUCGCUUUAGCUGGAAGAACAACUAUCAUGCUCGGAGUGCACGGUAACGGUUUAAGUCAUUUACUCUGGAUGCCACCUACACCAAGAAGUGCGGUUAUCGAAAUGUUCUUCAAAGGCGGAUUUGCCAGAGACUAUCAAUGGACUGCCCACGCAUUAGGAAUAAGACAUUUCGCAGUUCAACAUGAUGUUUCCUUUACCGCUCCAAACUUACCGAAAGUAGAUUAUCCAGAAGGUUUCCAAGGAACUAGUAUAACCGUUGUAGGGAAAGUAGUAGCUGAUUUGAUCGAAGAUCGACUGGCCGGACGAGUAUGA